AUGACAACGAUGUUCGUCCAACUGCGCCGCGUGGUGUACCUGUUGGUACUUGUGCAGUGCUGUACGUGUGUGGCAUAUGCGGAAAGUCGCUCAAGUGUAAAUGAGGAUUAUUUUAACCAGAAGGAUGAGGAGUUUAAAUAUAUGCGGAAAGUGUUAAUGGAGUUACGGAUUACUGCAGAAGAAUCUUCAUUUGCUUUGGAGAGUGGACUUGGUCGUUGUUAUGAUUAUUCUACACUUGCUGAUAAAGCUGUGGAGAAACUGAAGAGCCUCACCAAAAGAGAGGAGGCGGAGAUGAGUCCGAAUAACACUUCUACGAGUCCCAAGGAAAUGAAAGAACAGUGGAAGGAGGAGAAAGCUGCACUACAAGAAGCCAAAGUUGUCCUAUCUAAUGCCAAGUUAGCAGUGAACAAAACAAGAAAGGCGGCCAAAGAAAUUAACGAGACAUUAACUGAGAUGGAAAAACUUGCUAAGACUCUCGUCUCCGAUGCCAAUAAAUUUAUGCGUUCUCCUGCAGAUUUACCUCAUUUGUUGGCCGACAGGUAUUUCGAAGUGGAGAAGUUGGUUCUCGCUAGCAGAAAAGAAGGUGAAGACGCUCUGUCUUUCGCUGAUGAAGUGAAAUCGAGCGUUCAAAGGGGCUUGGAUGCUGCGGAGAAGGCGGAGAAGAACGCAGAAUCUCUGGAAUCGGAAGUGGAAUCUUUCCAGAAGUACUUGGAGAAACAUGGUCUUAAACCUGAAGACUCAACAACGGAUUCACAGCAGAAUAUUGCGGGGAAUAAAAAUGAAGAAAGCCAAUUGGAGAGCAGACACGAAAUGAAGACCAAUACGGAAGAAGAAAACACUGCACAACUGCAGCACAGCUCUCAUGAAGAGGUAAAGAAUGUGCAUAUGAACACGACAAAUAUCAAUGGAAUAACUAAAGAGUCCAGUAAUGAUGAAAGGGCGAAUAACAUAAAAACAAAGGAAAGCAAUACCACAACGCAAAAACGCGUGCCGGAUAGCCAAUCAAAUAAAGAACAGAGGAUGGAAGAUAAGGGCACGAAGGGAAUUUUUAAUAAAGACAAUAAAUCAUUGAAUACCUCUACUACUACUAAUGUUGUGGAUUCUCAUAAAAUGUCAUCUGAUUCUUCUUCUUCUUCAGUUUCAAUCCAUUUGAAUGUUACACAGCUAAGUGACAGCAGCAGCAGUCCUGCAUUGGUGCACAGUCCCUUAUUGCUGCUUCUUGUUUCGAUGUGUGUGCUAGGCUGCACUGUCGUUUGCUGA